AUGGCCAAUUGGAAUCCAUUCGCCAAACGCGAAGAGUUCACCAAGAACAACCUCAUCGCCUACAAAAUCCUCACCAUUGUUUCCUGGCUUGUCCUGGUCAUCUUCGGCGCGUACUACACCUUCUCCCGGCCAGUCGACUGCGGACACAAGCAUCUCUGCCACACAAUAUGGGGUCAAAAUAGCCACAGGCGCACACCCUUCAGCUUGAACUCGGUCAUAACCAGCAUUUACUGGGUUAUCGUGUUGAUUCUGCAGGCACAUUAUGUUCGUUACCUUUGGAGCGCAGACAAGGCUUUUGUGACCAGCGCCGCCAAUGUUGGGAGCCAUUUCAUCUUUCAUAAUCUUCUCACAUUUGGCUUCAUCAUGUUGUGGGUGCGAGGUCAUUUCUGGCAAGGAGAGCUGCUACUUAUUGUCAACCUCUUCAACCUGACUCUGCUCUACUUUGGUCAUUCCACAACCCCUCUCUUCAUCCACCUCCCGGUCGUCUCCGCGCCGCUGGCCUGGAACUACGUUGCGAUCCUGUGGGACGGUGCAGCAAUGGUCAACGCACAUACUUUACCUGCCCGAAUCGUGGCCAACAUUUUUAUCUGGGGUCUCCUUGUGUUAGGAGCGUUCUUCCUCCUUACCUUCAAGGACUAUACCAUGGGCCUGGAGUUAGCGGUGCUCUCACUGGCUCUCGCCGUCGGUCAACUCGGAACUCAUGUUAUUGCGCUGCAAUGGAUCUUUGCGUUUGUCAUUGCGGGAUGCUUGACUGUCAUGUCUUUGCUCAUAGGUGCACCAAAGGUAUUUGGUCAAGACAGGACCAUUCGUCAAGAAGGAGCCAUUGUCAGUGAGGAUAGAGAAAGGGCACCGCUUCUAGGCGACGAGUAA